AAUGGCGGGCAACACUUCAAUAAUGGAAUCCAAGCCCUUACACCCACUUCACCAAAUCGCAGAAACCCCAACUCACAAGUUGCUUCUCAAACAAUGGCUCAAAGAAGAAGAACUCAUCCUCAACAGAAUCGCUACCAAAGAAACCCAAAUUGACUCGGUCCGCAAUGAAAUCACUCAGCUCUACUGUAUUUUCUUCCUGUUCCAUUCGAUUUCGCUUAUGCUUUUAUUCAGUGCUUCCUCCAAAUGGGCUUCGAAAACGGGGCUUUGCCACCGUUCAUGGAUCCCGUCAAUCUGUUCUCUCCUCUGCUCUAUGGGUAUCAUUUGGGCUGUUAGGUACAAGACGGAUACGGAGAGUCACUUAGAGAAACUGUUGGAGAGAGAGAAAGAGGAUGGGAAAUUACUGGCUAAGUGUGUGGAGGAGUUGAAGAGAAAAGGGAUGGAAUUUGAUUUGUUGAAGGAAGUUGAUGCUCUUAGGAGGGCUAAGAGUUUGAGGGUUGAAGCUAAGGUGGUUCGAAAAUGGUCAGCUAGAGACUUUGUGUCACUGUUUUUCUUCUCUGUUACUUGUCUGGUACUCGCUUUAACCAGGACCAUUUUGUGUGGUUGAU